UCCGAUUCUAACGAUCCAAGGUAUCUUCGUUCGAAGUACGUCUCCACAUUUGUGGGCCUUAACUCGGCCCAUCCUGCUACCGUCUCGGCCUUCAAUCAACUAUGUAUUACCGCUGCCUUCGUCGAUUGAAGCUCCACGACGGCACACCCCGCGGAGAUGGGAGACCCCGGAGCGGCAUCGAGGAGGAAGAACCGAUUACCGAAGGGGGGCGGCGAAUCUUCCGAUCUCCACGCCGCCGCGAGGAACGGGGACCUCACCACGGUCGAGUCCAUCUGCAACGCUAAUCCCCUCGCCGUCAAUACUCGAGAUCGCCAUUCCCGGACACCAGAAAUACUUCUUGGAGAGGCGUUGUGGUAUCAGAUCGAAGUGCAGAGGAAACUGCAGGAGCAGCUCGUGGCACAGAAGAAAUUGCAAACGAGUAUAAAGGCUCAGAGGAAGUACUUGCAAGCAAUGCUGGAGAAAGCUCAGAAGAUCUUUGUUUCGACAUGAAUGGCUCGUCAGGCAGUUUGGAAGCCACCAGAGCCCAGCUUACGGAUUUCGACCUGCCACUAUCAGGCUUGACGGAGAACGUCGGUCGGGUUUGCGAAGAGAAGCACUCGGAGCUGAGAUUAGUGCGGUCAGAGGAAAACAUCAAGAAGAGGAACGAUUGAGGGUUUCAACUUUAUCAGGAAGGUAGAGAUGAGGCCGAGGACAGUUCUCUUCUUCUGCUGGAUUUGAAUGUGAAAGGAAGCAGAGGUGAGAUGGUUGGUGGAUCCAGAGGAAACGACUUGGAUCUCAGAAUCCAAACGCAGGGGUUGUAAACCAGCUUUGACUGUCGAUUCUGCACUUGCAGACACAUCCGAUGCUGUCAUUGUGCGCAUCGAGUUGAUAUCGAGUCUAUGUUUCUUUCCUACAACGUAAAUCUUUAUACUGCGGUUUGUUGAAUGAUUUGAUCGUGGACGAAACAACUCCCCCUUGUACGGGAACUUCCUCUC